UAAUGUUGCUCUGAAGUUUAGGAUAAGUCAUUAAAUUGACGUUGGUGGAGGUUUAAUUUACCUUCAUUGAGUACUAAUUAGUUUUCUGACAGAACAGUACAAUUUAAUUAAAUCAUGAUUUUAGGCUCAAAUCAUAAGAGCAUUAUGUUGGGAGAAGGAUUAUUGUAAUGCAACAAUAUCAUUUUCAAUAAUAAAAUUAACCCGAUUUCACAUAAGAAGAAUGAGCUCAAUAUAAUGAAAAUCAAAAUUGAGAGAUGCUUAGAAGUAUCAAGGUGAUUAAAGUUUGACACUUUUGUCAUUUGAAAAUUAUUACUACAAAGUUUAAGGUUAUUUAUUUAUUUAUUUUUAAAUAUUCUUUAAAGGUUAUUGAAUCCUUUAGGGUUCAUUUAAAUUUCAUAUGAUUAAUUCACGGAAAAAUAGAUAAAUUAAAGUAUAGAAAUGUGGGUGAUUAGGAUUUAAUAAAUGAGGAGAUCCUGCUACAUUGGGAAAUCCGUGGGUUCGAUGUCUCGUUGGAACAGGAUAAGGGAAUAAAAGUGGGUGGGACAUUCCACCAUGAGUUGCUUGUACUUAUGUUGCCACGUAGAGUAGAGACAAGCCUCUCUCUCGCAUAUGUUGCCUCAAGAUCCACUAAACCAAGGAUUAAAGUCGACUUAGGAAUGAUUCUAGUAAUUAUGUUUUCAAUUUGCACUAUCAAAUUGAGCAUCAUACAAUGAUUGUUUCCCUUUAUUAGAUUUGAUAAUGUGAAUUACUUGAAUCCGGCUGUUUAAUUUCGAAAAGUAUGUUUGAUUUACUUGUAUCAUCGUCUAAUGAAUAUGAAAAUUUUGAUUGACGUCCCUUCAAUAUCUUAAAAUUUUUGAAGGAGUCCUAUUGAAACAACAACGUGAGAAGUGGGAUUGAAUGGUCAGGAUUUGGGUAAUAGUUGUGACAUAAAUUUUGGUUGUGAAUUGGUGUUUGUGGAUAAGCGUAACGCUCAUAUUCUUGAUCGUAUUUUUUUAAUAGUGGGAGUGAGAAUUAUAGAAUUCCUCUCCAAAAUUGGAGUUGGUGGAAACAACUCUUUCUUGUAAUUGUAGCUCCGAUCCCACCAAAGCUCCACAGCUUCACAAAAUUUUUGUCAGCAAGCAACUCUGUGGCGUUGUUAUUUAUGCUUCACACCGCCGAAGUCUCAGUUGCCAAAUCCCAAAAGACUUGAGUCUCAAAAUGCAGAGGAGAAUCCGGCAAGUUUUCACUGCUUUGAGAGAGCAGGGCUGCGUGGGUCAUGCUAAGGUUGCUACCAUAGGAGGGUUCUGUGACCUCGAUCUUGUGAUCGUGAAGGCCACGGCUCCUAAUGACUUGCCACUGUCGGAGAGAUAUGUUCAUCAGCUUUUGAAAAUCUUCUCUAUUUCUCCCGCAUCCUUCCAAGCCUUUUCACACAGCUUUACUCGCCGCUUUGGGAGGACUCGCUGCUGGAGGGUGGCGCUAAAGUGUCUGCUUCUCCUCCAUCGCUUGCUUAGAAUGGUGCCUCAAGACAGCCCCUUUCGGGCUGAACUCCUCUGGAUUCGAUCCAACGGCUUGCUCUCCCUCUAUCCCUGUCAUUUUAGGGACACUUCCUCCUCUUCUUCCCAGGACUACACCGCUUUCAUCACAUUCUAUGCUCAACUCCUGGAUGAAGCCAUUGACUGCUUCUCCAUGGAUGAUAAGGCCACUGAGAAUGGAUCAGAAGAGUUCGAGAGCUUAUCGGAUAAAAUGAAAGAAAUGGGGCGAGUCCUCGAGGUGCUGCCGCAGCUCCAGAGCCUCAUCGAUCGAGUGAUGGACUGCCGCCCGACGGGUUCAGCUUCUCGUAGCUUCCUCAUCAAGUCAGCAAUGAAACACAUCAUUAGAGACAGUUUCACCUGUUACAGCACAUUCCAGAGGGAGAUUGUUGUGGUGAUGGACAACCUCUUUCAGCUCCCAUAUCGCAGCUGUAUCGCAGCUUUUAAUAUUUACAAGAAGGCAGCCGUACAAGCCGCUCAGCUCUGUGAGUUUUAUGAUUGGUGUAAAGCCGGAGGACUCUGUGGAUCAUACGAGUAUCCCUUUAUAGAUAGAAUUCCACAUUUACAGAUUCGAGCUCUGGAAAAUGUCCUCCAUGGAAUGUGGCAGCUAACGGAUUCGUCUUCAUCCAACACGUCGUCAUCCUCAAUGUUGGGGUCUCCAUCUCCAUCUCCAUCCAGUUUCACGGAAGAUGAUGGCGACAAACAGAUGGUACGGACGAGGGAGAUUGUGGUUAGCACUCGAUGGGAGAAGUUUGAGGAAGAUGAGGAGAAGCCCCUACUUCAGUUGGAGGUUAGCAAUGCGAGCUGGGAGGCCCUUCUAGAAGAGUCCAUUGUAGUCUCUCAUGUCCCGCCAAACUACUUGUUCUGGAACUCCAAUGGCUAUAGCCAUGUAUACAAUGAUCAAAUCAAGGACCCGCACGAAGAUUCGCAAUUGAUGGAUGGAUGGAAGAUGCAGAUAUAUAAUCCUUUCUAUCACCCUCAAAACAUGAUAAAUUAUCAUGGGUUGGAACGGCAAGUAGCCCUACAGAACCAUGGAGACAAUGAGAGUUCAGAAAAGGUCUAGUUAGGCUUACGAUAUCGAAGGCUGUUUCAUUUCCAUGACAAUGGAAUGGUUUGUUUGGCCAGCAACUAGCUAGAUGGAUGGCUUUUCUAGGAAUGUGUUAUACUGCAUUUGUGUGUGAGCAUGUGUACCAAUUUUAUUGAUUAGUUUUUGGCACAUAUUUCCUAUGUUCUUCUCCUCUAUUUGAAUAGUUUGUUCCUUUUGCUCAUCUUCAUGAGCAAUAACAGUACAUGAUAUAU